AUGCGGCAUCGUUGGUGCCCGCGCAGUCUGUGGCUCAGCGCCUUCGGCCAUAAAUUGCAUCUGCAAAAUCUGGAAGGCGCCGUGAAAGAUGCCAAUUCGUCCAUCCAUUUCUUGCAUCGCAGAGCAACAGCUGCACCGUAUGAGCUUCAAGUCCUUUUACCGUACCGCUGUUACUUCCUCCACUUUUCCCUCCAACUUCGUCAACCAAUUUCCUCCCCCACCGCGAUGGCGUUCCUCAACCCCCCAUCGCUCCCCACUCGCUCCCCUAAACGCCGUCCGCCCGCGCCCAUCUGUUCUUCUCUAGGCGGCUCCAAGCUGCCGCAUACCGCCUACACCACCCUCUUGCAAGACGACACCCCGCUAUGCCGCGUCAUCACGGGCAUGUGGCGAGCCUCAGACCCCCGCGGCUACGGCCCGACCACGGCCGAUGUCACCAAGGCCAUCCACGCCGCCGUUGACGCCGGCUUCUUCACCUUCGACCUCGCCGACACCUACGGCGACGCGGACCUCUACGUCAGAGAGUAUGCCCGCAGCGUCGGUCGCGCCGCGUCUCAGCGCCUCCAGUUUUGUACAAAGCUCGCCAUCGACCCGCGUGAGCUGGAGGGCACCGUGUCCAAGGCUACCGUCCAGCAUUACGUCGAUCGCGCUCUCAGUCGCAUGGAUCAGGAGAGGAUCCACUUGCUCCAGCUGCAAUGGGCCGACUUCUCCGACACCCGCUUUAUCGAUUUUUUGGGCUACCUGGGUGAAAUGAAGCGCGAGGGCAAGGUGCGAAGCGUCGGCACAGCCAACUUUCCGACCAGGCAGCUCAAGUAUGUCUCGUCGCAAGGUAUUCGUAUAGCCUCCAAUCAGGUCUCGUUCUCGCUGCUUGACAGACGGCCCAUCGUCGAGAUGGCUGACUGGUGCAGCGACAAUGACGUUGGCUUGCUGGCUUACUCUACACUCGGCGGUGGGUUUUUCACAGAGAAGUAUCUUGGUCUGCCGGAGCCGACGAGAAGGGCGUGUGGCACCGCCGGUUUGCAGAGGUUUUCGCUUUUGAUAAAGGUCUGGGGGGGAUGGAGUCUAUUUCAAGAGUUGCUUUACGCCAUUAAAGUCGUUGCGGAUAAGCAUGAUGUGAGCAUGGCCAAUGUUGCCGUCAAAUGGGCACUCCAGUAUCCAGGCCUUGCAGCAGUGAUCGUUGGCGCGCGGCUUGGCAUAGCUUCCGAGACUGACCAUAUUUUGAACAACGUAAAGGCCUUUGAAUUUUCGCUCGACGAAGAAGACAUGCAAAUACUUGAUGUAAUCGCUCUAAAAGGGAAUGACAUGUAUCGGUUACUAGGAGACUCUGGAGAAGAACUUCAGAGCCCUCGUUAA